UCGACAGAACCAUGACCCCUUCUGAGUUUUUGGCCACCGUUCUGGGCCGGCCUGUGGAGGUCAAGCUCGACACGGGUGUGGUGUACAAAGGAGUGCUCGCCUCGCUCGACGGGUUCAUGAACCUGGUGCUGGAGCAGACCGAGGAGUUUGUCAAUGGCAAGAAGACACGGGCGUACGGCGAUGCCUUUCUCCGUGGGAACAACGUGACGUACAUCUCGCUGCAAAAGGGCGCCGCAGCAUGAUGCGCUGUGCCGAUCAACGCAAUCCGCAGUGCGCACUCUUCUUGCCAGCCCUGGCACGCGCCGACUGGCGUCGAACUCGCUCUGACCGUGUGGUAGCUGGCGGGGAUCGCGGUGCCGUCGCAGUGACAUCGGGUGCAGAAGCAAACUCGGGUGUAUGAGGGUGUGGACAGGUGUGAUCACGCUGUACCGUAAAGAGUUAGCCACCA